AUGACCAAGAAGAGAAGCUGGAAGAACAAUGAGACUGUAGUACUCACCGAAGAAUGCAGUGCCAUCAUCCAGCACAAAUUGCCCCAGAAAUUGAAGGAUCCUGGGAGCUACCAAAUCUCUUGUAUCAUAGGGGAAAUCACAGUGGAGAAGGCUUUAUGUGAUCUAGGAGCCAGCAUAAAUCUGAUGUCCUUAGCAAUGAUGAGGAAAAUGAGGAUUGAGGAAGCCAAACCAACAAGAAUGGCCCUGCAACUAGCAGACCGAUCAUUCAAGUUUUCUCACGAAAUAGUAGAAGACUUGUUGGUAAAGGUGUGA